GAAGAGCAUCAGACCGAGCUCCUGGAAUGACCUUCUGCAGAAGCCGGGCAAGUACAUCCUCGCCUACGAGCAUCACUUUGUUUCUGCUCGACACCAAGAGGAUGAGGUGUUAAUCAACAUGGGAGGUCGCACACAUGAGUUUGAGUCCUUCCAGCUCAAGCGUCAAGACCGUGCCGUUCGACGCCACCCUGCCACCGGCAAACUAUGUGUCGACAACACCCGACUCGACCAUGUGUUCGAGCUUGUUGACCAUGUCGAGCCAGCUUUGGUUGCAGACUACUCAGGUGGCAAACUUGUCCAAGAAGCUGCCGUGGAUUUUGAAGAAGUGUGGAACCAGCUUCAACUCCAGCGGCAGGAAAUGGAUGGUGUGAUUUUGCGUCAUCCUCAGCCGCAGCACAUCGCGAAUGAUCGCAACCCAGAUCUAGUAGAAGCUGCCGCGGAUUUUGAAGAAGCAUGGAACGAGCUCCAACUUCAGCGGCAGGAAACAGAUGGUGUGAUUUUGCGUUAUCCUCAGCCGCAGCGCAUCGCGAAUGAUCACAAUCCAGAUCUAGUUUCCAACAGCGACAGCGAGGAGGACGGCUUCUGGGAUCUUCGCCCGGACUGGCUCGAGCGUUUUCGAGCUCGAAGACAGCAAUCAGAGAAUCGAGAGAUGCUGCAGCAAAACGAGUUGGUUCAUCGCCAGGCCUAUAGUCUAUUGCCUGUCAGAAGAGUCAUGACCACCAACAACGUUCCAUUCGAGCAGUUUGCUUCCAGCUCAUCCAUUUCUCGGCGGCGCAUCACAAUGGAGUACUUCGGCGGUGUCCUACCAGGCUUGGUGGAUGGACAGCAGCUGGACUAUGCUGGCGGCAGUUGGAUAAGUGACGAACCUUAUCCAAGUGCUUUGGAUUUUUUCAAUAGCCAAACAGACUUUUUUCAGCAUGAAGCGGACAAGCAUGUUGCAGUGGUUGUGAAAGUCAUGCGAGAGCAUUUGGAUCUCUUGCGGACGUCGCCGUUGGCUGUGGCAUUUUUACCAGAUCCUCGUUUUCGAAACUCGAUAUCGAAGAGACUCUGGGAACGCAUCAUGUACCGAGCCAGGGCAAUCUUGGAUUUCGUGGAACAGAAACAGCACUACAUGCUCUUUGCAUUUCUGCACGCAGAGGCCAAGCAUGUAAAGGCCGGUUGCAGAAAUGCUGUGCAGGACUUGCCACACCCGAAGGAGUACGGCGGCACCGAAGAAGAGUGGCGAACGCUUGCACUGGAGCACGCUCUUCAGCUUCACCUGGAUUUAGCCUGGCAACAGAAAGAGCGCGGCGAUUUCAAGAAGGCGUCUCGCUCCGAGGACGACUACACCGGAGGGAGCCUUUCGGCAGACAUCCUCCAUGCCUUACCAGGAUUCUUCUUUUCCUUUGACUAUCUGAAGAAUUUAGCCUGUGCGUCUUCUGAAAUGAAACGCGCCGUGCAGAACCCACAGCAUUGGAACGACAGGUGCAUCUCACUCAACUCAGUCGAGUUUACUGAUGGUCUGAAGCUGAGAUCCAUGACGCGGGCCUAUAUGUCCGCUCGCACCGUGUCUUUAGAUCUGCAACAACUUCCUUUGCUAGGUCAGUUUCCAAACAGUAUGUUGCUCGAGUGGACUGGCCGGGGCCUUCCACAACUGCGCAACCUGAAAGGCUUCGAAUCCGCUGGACCGUUGCUGGGCACUGCCUUGUUCGACGUAAUCCUCCCCCCCAAUGCAGUGGGCAUGUACAUUGGCGUUCGUGACUGGGGAGAUCGAAGCCAAGGGAAGCAAUCGUUCUUCCGCUUCGAUAAUGUUUACACGGACAGUCAAAGACUUUCCUUCGCUUCGGGCGACCAGCCACCGCAGCUUCACCACAAGCCACAAAGAGUGCCUCUGCAACCUGAGCGGCAUCAUCGCGUUUUGCUUCGAUGGAAGCAAGACGUGAUGGAGCUCCUUAUCGAUGGGGUCGGAGUAACCAGUCGAGUGGACAUGAGAUGCAAAGUGGAGGAGUACGAAGGAGGCGCCGUGUUGGAUGAGCUGCUCGCGGAAUUGCCAGGAUUUUACUUUUCGUUUGACUAUCUCAAGAUGCUAGCGUCCACUUCCAAGACAAUGCUUCGCGCCGUGCGGGAUCGUCGACACUGGCAAGGCAAGCUUGUGACAAUGAACACUGAAGAAUUUCAACUUCCCAUGAAGCUGAGAUGGAUGAUGGAAGCUUACAUGUCUGCACAUGUCGUCACCAUCAACGUUCGUCAGCUCACCAUGUUUACAGUUUUUCCUCACAAUAUGCUUUUGGACUGGAGCGCGACAGGCAUGUUGGGCGGCCCUCGUCCUGCAGUUGGGCCAAACAUGACAGGGACAGGGUUUCAGUCAACUGGUCCUUUGAUGGGAAAUGCUGUAUUUGAUAUCAUUCUGCCGCCCAACACAGUUGGCAUAUAUAUUGGGGUCCGAGACUGGUGCGAUUUGCGUUCUCGGACGCAUGCCUACUGCAUGUUCACGAAUAUUUUUGAGAAUGCGCGGGCCUCCUUUGGAUUGGGAGAUCAUCCAUCUCAACCACACUUGAGUGCCCGAACAAUUCGGUUUCAACCCGACCACACCCAUCGCAUCAUCUUCCGUUGGAAUCCGAGAACGUUCCAGAUUUCGCUGGAUGGCGUGAACAUCGCUACAGCCCGCGCUCGUGAAGGAGCUUCAGCUGCGCCAUGUGCUUUGGCAAAGCUUUUUGUUUGGGUCUAUGGCCGGCCUACCAGGAACUUUGUCUUGCUUCAGUAUCGCCCAAUACCAUCUCUUGUCGACAACAACGCCACAAUCAAGUGCGUGCUUUGCAACAGGGACCACGGGCUGCAUCUGCCGCGCUGGUGUGUCUGUCCACAUUGCGACACAUGGGUUUGUUCGGUUCAUGCUGUGCACUUUCCUGAACGACUGUGCCCACGAUGUCCGAACCAGUUGAUUGAUUACGUCGGUGGAAGUACUGAAACGGAAGAGCCUUUCCGGCAUGCUGUGGACUACGUCUACAGCAGAGAGCAGAAACUGCAGAACGGCAUGACCUUUACUGCGUGGCUUCGUUUGAGCUUCCAGCGAUCCGAAGCAAUCCGUCGACAAGAGAAAAAACGCAGGGCCGAUGGAAGACAAGACGUCGAACAUUCGCAUCCCAUUGAGGUCUGCAAUCGUGCGUCUUCGUUAUUGCUGCUGUCUGUGCCGGCUGAUUUCACACAUUUGCCAAAUGUGCAGCCUGAUUGCAGCCUUUUGUGUGGUCUUCAAAAGCACGAGCGGGACAACCGAAUUCAGUUUGUGUCCGAGACCCACGUCUACUAUGUGGAUGGUGUUGCUAUGAAGACGUCCGUGACCGGCCUGGUUCACAGAUUCGCGGAAAGGUUCGACGCAGAUGCGGCAAUCGCCAAUAUGGCAAAGAGUGCACGGUGGCCACGACCUGAGUAUUCCAGGGCGCAAGACAAUGGCGUGCUGAUUCCACUAACUCCCGAUGAAAUCAAAAAGAUGUGGGCUCGGAAUGCCGCAGAGGCGGCUCACCAGGGUACAUGGAUGCACCUUCAGAUAGAAGUCUUGUUAAACGGCGGCUUUGUUGCCGGCGUCUGGCCAGAACUGACUUUGUUUGAACAGUUCGUCAGAGAGUUCCCGUGUCCUUUGCUGGCGUUUCGGUAUUACGGGUACACUGUUUCCGCAAUGUACGUGGUGUGUUUGCAUCCCGACAACGCAAACACUGGCCCUUUCUUGGACUUGGUACCGAAUCUCACCAAUGAAGUUUCCGCGAUGUUGGCGGCAUAUGGAAACACCUCAGACUUGCACUGGCAAGAGGUGUCCGGAGGGGCUGAUCCAGCUGAGGGCAUGGCUUCGCAGUCUUCGUUCUUCGCAGCCAUCGAUGCCGACAUUGCUGAGGCAGAGCGUGUCUUGGACGAAGAGGAGCUGGCGGCCAACGCACCAAAUCCGGCAGUAGAAGCAGCGGACCCGUCUCUGGAUGUGGAAGCUGCAAACGAACAGGAAGCCAUGGACUGCACAGCCUUAGCUAUACCUUGUCGGGGCCUUCCUAUGGAGGCGGUCGAGUCUGCCAAAAGAAGACGUUUGAUGCCGGGAGCAUCAACAUCCAGCAGUGCAUUCGAUGAGCUGUUCGACAUAACAAAACAGGAAGCAGUCGACCGGUCAGAGGACAUGGUUCGUUUGGCAGCCGCUGCAAUCAGUGUCUACAGAACUCGCCUGACAGACAUCUUCGUCCGUGAUUUUGUCAGUCUCAUCUGGAUCAUUGAGGGCGACAGAUACAUACGCACACACCAAGGAGUUUGCUAUUUGUAUCACAACGACGGAGCAUUCGAGCCAUACAAUGGUGUUCCUCCAGAGUCAACGUUCUACAGGUUGAAGAAAUUUUUGUUGAGAUUGGAAGGCGCAUUUCGACUCAUGUUGCCUGGUACAGAGCGCAGCGACUCGGGCAUCGUGCAAGAAAUCGCUAAACUUCUGUCAUCUUACAAUCACGAUGAGGAGUUUUUAGCCGCCUGCGAAGAUGCCGCUGUCAUGGCGGAUAUGGGAGGAGUACGCCGGAAAGGUCGAAAUGAACAAGAAGGUGAAGUCUCUCCCAAUUCUGGCUGGCCGGAAAAGGUUGCCUACAUGCUCGCUAAGGUUAUUUCGCCGCUCCAGAAAGACUUGCUUGAAGAAAGACGUCUGCUACAGUUCGUGAUCCAGUGGUGUGAUACUCCCUCGCAGCGGCAAUCUGGGUGCGCGUAUCAAGAUGUCUCUGUGAUGUAUGACACGACGCCAGAAGAGCACGCGAAGAUUGUCACGUCGUCGCCAGAGAAUAAUCUGUACAUCAGAAUUCCUUUUCCUUUGAGGCAGUCACUACCUGAUGCAGUUCUGAAGGCUGCCAGUGAGAGAUUACAGAAGUUCGUGAAGGAAACAUUCUGGUGCAAUCAGGAGUUUUACAAGUGCACACUGGCAGCCAUUGCUUUGGCCAAGCGAGGCGAAAACAUUGAUCGCUGCUUCAUUGGCGAAUCGUCAGGGGGCACGGGGCAGUCGUUGUUUAGUUGUCAUCUUGCGGCGGUUUAUGCGCAUAACCAUCAGUUCAUCGAUCCCAACAUCUUCUACAAGGAGGAAGAGCUUCGCAAGAGACUGGAACAGUUUGCGCACUGUGUCAUAGUUACCGCGCAAGAAGCUCCCGAAACGAACCGACAUUUCCAGCAAGAUCUGUAUAAGAAAUUUAUGUCGGCCGACGAGUUGGCAGGUCGGAAGCCAUAUGGUUAUGUGACGAAAAUGAUGAGAGUUAGCGGUUUCAAAAGGUUUGAAACCAACAAGAUCAUGUCAUUCAAGAAUGUUAUGGAGAAGAACUUCAACUCUAUAUACAGACGCUGCCUGGUCUGGAACCCGAAGCCCAUUUUCGUUGACGACACCGCAUUUGGAGAUGGCUACCCUGACCCGCAGGCCGACGGGAUCUUCCAAAAGGAUCCUACUCUACGCAGCUUCCUUGAAAGCGGUCCUGCCAUUGCUGCUGCCAUCGUGCAGCAGCAUGGCUUUGAAUCGCACUUCUCAAGACAGCAGUGCAUUAAAACAAUCGAGGAUUAUGCCAUGAGUGGACUCACCGAGCGCAAGGUGAGAGCGGCAUGUGGUUUGCGUCCACCGGAGGAGCCCACGGUCGAAAAGGAGCAGACCGCCCUCGUGGCCAUCCUCAAGCACAACGAUGACGAGGCUGACGAGUCUGCGGAUCAAGAGGCCACACCUUUGGCAAAAGCACACGUGGCUCUAACGAAGUUUUUGUUGACCACGAAAAAGGCCACGAUGACGAAGCCCUGGUGGUCUCGCUUUUCUAAGCCCAAGCUGGGUGUCAACCCUAAAGAAGUAACGUUGGAUGAUUUGGUCAAAGAAAACCUUCUGCUUCCAGCUGACACAAAGUCAGAGCCAGAAACAUUCAUUCCCAUGAUACCGUGUGCGAAGUCUCUGGACGAGAUUUUCGAGGUGGGAUACGACUCCGAAACUACGUGGAUACGGGAACAUCUCCAUGCCAGCAAGCUGUGGGAAGCGGUUGAAGGCAACCCGGGCCGCGGUGCGAAUGCUGAGGUGCUGCAGCAGUUCUACACACAGGUCUUGAAAAAGUUAGAGUCUGGCAAAGGUCGCAAGUCCCAGCACCAGCAUGACAUUAUUGCCGUCUGGCGUUCCUUGUCGGAGAAAUUGAGCAAGCACGAAGACUGUGCCCGCGCUGUACUGGAAAAGCUAGAGAAUCAAAUCUCUGCUGUUGCUAGUUCACAACCAGCGUCACAACAGUUAGCAACUACGCCUUCUCGACGCCGUCGCAAGAAAAUGCCAGCGACUGCCGAAGUUGAAGAUGCACCUGCAUCUGAAAGCAAUAUUGUAUCUGGAAACCCUUUCCAGAAGGACUCAGGUUUCGUUGGUAUUGAUGUGCCGUACAAGUACAAGUUAGAUGGCUUGCGUUCUCGCAGAUACGGAGAUCGCUUUUCAGUACAGAAUCUGGGCACAGCAUGGCAGGCUGUUGCGCUGCACGAGACCAUGGACCUGGACAUUGAGAACUGCUCCUUCGCGCUGCUGUAUCAGAUUAUGACAAAGUUGAAGCCGCAACACCAAGCUUGGCCACAGGUCAAAAACACACUACGUGCUUGCAGUGAACAGCGAAAAGAGAUCAUUGAGAAGAAGCUCAAGUUGAGUUUAUCGGAAGGCAAACUCCUUAUGCAGAAGGUACUCAAUGGCGGUGUGCCUCCCGACGAGCUCGCAGAGAAUGAGUUUAUACAGGAGCUGCAGCGAGCAUCGUUGUUCUGUCGCUGGGUCGCCGCCUCAACGCUGAAGGAUUUGGUUUGGACAAGUCUUUUGCGCUCCAAAGACAGACCAGAUGUCUCGGUUCUUACCUAUUUCUGGAACGUUGCAGAGGAUGUAGUGCUGGAAGCCUGGCUUGGGAAAGUGAUUCCUCUGGGAAGCAAGCAUCUCUCGCUUCACUUUGACGGCAUCAGACUGGAUCGCUCCGUUGCCCACGGUGACGUAAACUCCUUUUGUCAGAGCUGUGCCGAAGCCAUCUACAACGCUACAGACCUGCUUGUCACAAUUCGAGAAAAAGAGCAUCACAGUUUCAGUGGCUUCUUGAAGAACAUUACCGACAGUGCAGCAGUUGAGUGUCCUGAAAUUCUUUGUGAAACUGGAAACUGCAUACUGGCAGCUCUGUAUCACCUUGGUUUGCAGGAGUCGGCACUCUCUAUGGCCUCGAUGACCGAAGGGCCCGAACACGCGUUUUUCCGCAGACGCCGGCAACGAAAGUAUGUAGACGUUGCCGAGAAGCUGGAGCUCUCGAUCUAUCCCCGAAUACAACCAAGCGUUCUCAAGUCUGGGCAAAAGGUUUUGCUUCACAUUGCCUACGACGGGAAUCCACACUGUGUGGCUUUGGAAAUGCUAACAGGUACUCAAGUACGCAUUACAGACGUGAAGGUCAGCUACAACUGUUCUGCGCAACAUCUCCUGCAUAUGUUAUCGGCAGCCAGUGACCGCAAGUACAUCUUGUUUUUCCAUCUGCAGCAAAAGCCAGGUAAAAAUGCAGGCGAUGCACUAGACGAUGAUUAUGAAAGUCUGUUGGAAAGUAUGGCAGGUGGAAGCGAGGAAGAUCUUGAGGAUCGCUUCGUUUAUGACUUGGACGUUCAAGAAAAUGCCGACGAAGAUGACGAUGAUGCGUCCUUGGCCGACGAGAGCAUUACCCAAGUUGGUGAUGAGUUACUGCAAUAUUUGAAGGAUGAAGUUCAGAAGCACCUGAACGGCUGCCUUCGACGACGUGGCAAGAAAAAACAGACUGCUCGUUGUCCCUUCUGUCCGUUCCGAUCGUGGCCGAUCAGCAAGAAGGCACGAGUUCUGGAACAUGUGCGUCUCUAUCACUCACCGAGAAAACAGUUUGUUCCAAGUGGCACAAAGCAAUUGAAGCUGAUCAUUGCUCUUCAUGACUACGACCAAUGUCAGGGUCGUGAUCGAGGCAACUACCUUUAUCGGAGCAGCCGAAUUCUACGGAACACCGUCACUCCGCCACUAUCCUCGAAGCAUGUGUUGGUGGAUCGUGAGCUGAGACUCGUACUCACAGCACAAGGCCCUGAAUUCUGGAAUGUUUUGGCAGUGCAGCAGCAACCUUUGCGACGAGUUCGAAAUUUAUACUACACACAUGGCUUUGGUCAAAUCCUUUACCGAGAGAUGCUUAUUUGUAAAGCCAAGGUCUAUGCGUUUCAUGCACGCAUGAUGACGCUGUUUUCGCCAGAGACUUGCAGUUUGUUGCCGCGUCACAGCAAGCACUGGUGGCCGAUCGUGGAAGAUGUUUUUAUGUCAAAGAAGGCGAAGGAGCUUAAGUCUCACAUGCUGGACGAAAUGCUGUUCCAUGAAGAGUUCCAAGUCCUCAGCAUGGAUGCAACGCUUCGCUGCUGUCUUUCGCUUAUGGGACAGGCGCAUCCCAGAGCUCGGAGGGAAGUGAAGGACUCGGCAGUUUUCGUUGGGGACGAGGUGCUUACCUGCCGUGGCCGCAGCAACGCCGUGGUGCUACUGCAAGCAACCUCCUCGGAUGAAACUGACGUGCUGGUGCAAACUCUUGCUGAGCACUUACAUCCGAAAGCCCUGGCUCAGAUUCAGUUUCUCUCAGUGGACAACCCGUCACAGAAGCUUUUCCGGGAGGCGAAAACUAUCUGUCCAAAUCUGCAGCUGCUGGCACUCGAUCCAACGCACCUUGCCAUGACAUGCGAGUAUGCAUCAAGCAGAAAACGCACGGCGGCAACCAAAUGUUUGCGUUUGAUCCUCCGCAAACUUACUGCGCGCGACAAUCUUUCGGCUGCUACAUGGGGGCCUGUCUUCACCGGCAGUAACGCCAAACCUCUUACCCGUGAAGAAGAAAAGGCUCACAAUCAGAUUGAAGACAAGAGCAUGCGUAAGGUGCAGGCAGAAAGCAUUUUGCAGAACCUGGAUCCUGCGAAGCCGUUUCUGCUACGCUUGGACUGGAUUCAAGCUCUCGCGGCGUUGGCAUCCGUUCAUCGCAGCGAGAUGGACAGACUCGCUCCGGGCCCGAACAGGAAGAUCUACCAGUUGCUGCACACAGCUUCGGCGCCGAACAGAUCAGGUUGGUAUUUCAACAAUCUCAUCAUGCGGCACCUGCUUUCAGCGGAGCGGCUGUCGAUGAUGCCCAUUGGCACAAGCAGCAAUGAAGCGCUCCAUCACGAAAUCAAUAAUUGGUUUCGGGAGACGCAGAAACUUCAUAAGGCCACGUUGACGCUGAAGCUUGAAAUAAUGAAUCGUGAGUAUGAUAAGCAGAACGCUAUAGUCUGCCUGGGCACUGAGAACAGCAGCCAAGAAAGCUCAGAUCACGGAAGAAAGCUGUUGCUGGGCCCCCUGGAGUGGGAUGAGGCAGCAGUGACCCGGAGUAUGAGCAAGGACGAUUGGAAGAGCUCAGAUCACGGAGGGAAGCUGUUGCUGGGUCCCCUGGAGUGGGAUGUGGCAGCAGUGACCCGGAGUAUGAGCAAGGACGAUUGGAGGAGCUCAGAUCACGGAGGGAAGCUGUUGCUGGGUCCCCUGGAGUGGGAUGGGGCAGCAGUGACCCGGAGUAUGAGCAAGGACGAUUGGAGGAGCUCAGAUCACGGAGGGAAGCUGUUGCUGGGUCCCCUGGAGUGGGAUGGGGCAGCAGUGACCCGGAGUAUGAGCAAGGACGAUUGGAGGAGCUCAGAUCACGGAGGGAAGCUGUUGCUGGGUCCCCUGGAGUGGGAUGGGGCAGCAGUGACCCGGAGUAUGAGCAAGGACGAUUGA